AUGUAUCUAUUUCAGUUUGUUCAUUAUCUAUCUAUCUAUCUAUCUAUCUAUCUAUCUAUCUAUCUAUCUCAGCUUACUCAUAUCUAUCUAUCUAUCUAUGUCAGUCUAUCUAUAUUUAACUAUCUUGGUCUGUUCAUAUCUAUCUAUCUAUGUCUGUCUGUUCAUAUCUGUCUACCUGUCUAUCUAUCUAUCUGUCUCAGUUUGUGUAUAUUUAUCUGUUUCUGUCUGUUCAUAUCUAUCUAUCUAUCUAUCUAUCUAUCCCAGUCUGUUCAUAUCUAUCUAUCUAUCUAUCUAUCUAUCUACCUAUCUAUCUAUCCCAGUCUGUUCAUAUCUAUCUAUCUAUCUAUCUAUCUAUCUAUCUAUCUAUCUAUCUAUGUCUGUUCAUAUCUGUCUACCUGUCUAUCUAUCUAUCUGUCUAAGUGUGUAUAUUUUUCUGUUUCUGUCUAUUCAUAUCUAUCUAUCUAUCUAUCUAUCUAUCUAUCUAUCUAUCUAUCUAUCUAUCUAUCUAUCUAUGUCUGUCCACAUCUAUCUACCUGUCUAUCUAUCUAUCUGUCUUAG